AUGGAGUCCAAUGUUAGGGACGCGACCUCUACCCUUCCAAUCGUUGGAGCUAGCCAGCACGCCAAACCACAACAUUCAGCAUUCACUCGGCCGGUCCAGAUGGGCUUAUUCGCCCGGCUGACAAGCUACCCGCCCCUGGGACAGACCACUUGCAUCCAGAGAGUACAAAAGGCGUUGCGGUCAGAGGAAGAUGAUGCGAUCAAUUUCACCGUCGUCGUUGAGUCAAGCGCAACCUUCCCAGCCCAGACUUGGGAGGUCCAGAUAUGGCACAACGUCACCAGUUCCAUAUGGACAGCUCUCCCACUGAGCGAAGUUGAUCCAUCACAUGCGCCAUUAUUGUCUGGAAUGGCACAAGAUGACAACUAUUAUCGUCAUGUUUUCUGGGACAGACUCGCGCUCCCGGCCACCGGCUGCCAUGCUCACUUUACCGUGCGGUUCCGGACCAGUCCAGAUGCGGAAUGGCAAUGGGCCAAUCAGCAUCAUCCAGUCAGCGACGGCGAGCUCGUAUGCAGCCCAAAAACCUCGGAUUUGAAGAAAGUUUCCUUGUCUGAACUGUCACCGCGUGAUGGAAAGAAUGAACUUGCAAAGUAUAUUCAAAAUCUCUCUUCUGAGGUGCAGAUCGACCCAAGGAAAAGUGAAGCACCUGGGUCUCUGCUAUGGGAAAUUACUGGGAGAGUGGAACCGGCUAGAGAAGGUAUUUCUGGUAUCACGCGGCUUGCUUUGGGUACUAUGUCUGAGGUGAUCAGGUACUUCGCGUUGGUGCGAAUUUGGUGUCCCUGGUUAGGACCGAGACACGGGAGAGAGAAGUUCUACUUGACGGAAGAUGCGAUUUUGUGCUCUUUUCUCCGUGCCGAUGGAAUCAACUUCGUCAUCCUGGCCGUAUCGGGGGUCAAAGACGUGUUGACUGUCUUUCAGUCAGGUGAAAAUGGCGAAGUAGUGGUCAAGGCGAGGAAUGAUAACGACUCGGAGUCCAAAUUCAAUAUUCUGGUCGCUGCUGCAGAGGACUUUGAGGUCGCCAUGUCCGCGGUAAUCUACGAGGCUAGAAAUGUUGUGAAACCGUUUGCUGAACCCACAGCAAUGGUGGAGGAGCAAGUUCCCCCUUCUCCUCUCGGCGAUGACAUUGUCAUAGUCGAGAAAGACCCACAGGCACAGUGGCUUACUGAGUGGGUUGACGGUCUGACCUACUGCACCUGGAACGGGCUAGGUCAGGACCUAACCGCGGAGAAGAUCCUCGGUGCAUUGGACGCUCUGAAAAACCAUGGCAUCAAUAUUGUCAAUCUGAUCAUUGAUGAUAACUGGCAAAGCCUCGACAACGACGGCGAAUCGAUGUUCAAGCGUCGCUGGGAGAGGUUUGAUGCAAAUGCAAAGGCAUUUCCCAAAGGGCUGAAACAGACUGUCCAGGCAAUCCGCCGGGCCAAUCCUAGUAUCCAACACGUCGCGGUCUGGCACGCAUUGAUGGGCUACUGGGGAGGAAUCUGCCCGAGUGGGGACCUGGCGCAAAGAUACCAGACCAAGGAAGUCAAAAUCAAAGACCCAUCCGCGGAUGGUCCUAUUUCACAGAAUGUCCCCAAUGGAAAGAUUCUUGCGAUUGACCCGGAGUCCAUUCAACGGUUCUACGACGAUUUUUACAGCUAUCUCCAAUCGGCCGGCGUAGAUUCAGUCAAGACAGAUGCCCAAUUCUUCCUUGACCUUCUGGACGAUCCGGAAGACCGCAAAAAUUUCAUGGCUUCCUACCAAGAUGCCUGGUCCAUCGCUGCGCUAAAAUACUUUACCACAAAGUCUAUUUCCUGCGGAUCAAUGAUUCCACAGAUCAUAUUCCAUUCACAACUCCCUACCAACAAGCCCACGAUACCAGUGCGAAACUCAGACGACUUCUUCCCCGAAAUUCCCGCGUCUCACCCAUGGCAUGUAUUCUGUAACGCGCACAACGCACUCCUCACCCGCUACUUGAAUGUCCUACCGGACUGGGACAUGUUCCAGACAAGCCAUCCCUACGCAUCCUUCCACGCUGCAGCGCGAUGUGUAUCAGGUGGACCCGUGUACAUCACAGAUGAACCGGGGAAACACGACCUCGAAGUUCUCGAUCAAAUGACUGCGCCAACGGUUACGGGAAGUACUGUUAUUCUGCGUCCUAGUGUCAUUGGCCGCACGAUCGAUAUCUAUCAUGACUUCAACGAGAAACAGAUUUUACGCGUGGGGAGCUACACAGGCUGGGCCAAGACUGGAAGUGGCAUUUUGGGUCUGUUCAACGUAAGCUCCACAGAGGCAUCAUGCAUGGUCUCUUUAAUGGACUUCCCCGGCAUACACGAGGGAUCGGAUGGUCAGUAUAUUGUACGCGCACACACCAGCGGCAAAGUUACAAGACGGAUGGAACCACUCGAUGGACAAUCCCUUGUGUCCGUCAACUUGGAACAGAGAGGAUGGGAGAUUCUCACUGUCUACCCGACUCAAUCAUUCAAUAUUAAGGAGGGUGACUUGACUCAUGUGGCUGUCCUUGGUCUCCUUGGUAAGAUGACAGGUGCCGCCGCCGUGGCCAGCUCCGAUAUCUUCAUGGUUGAGAACGGUCGAUUGCGAUUUGACAUCCAUUUGAAGGCCUUGGGGACACUAGGGAUCUACUUCUCUGACUUACGUGAUCGGGAUAUCGCCAAGGACUUUAUGGUAAUGAUCCUUGGACAGCCUAUUCCAAAGAAGACUGUUUGGAAGGAGGGCGGCGACGGUACCACCGUACUAGCUAUCGACAUCCACGCUGCAUGGAAGGAGAUGAAACUUGAUAGCGGAUGGAGUAACGAAGUCUUUGUACAAAUUUUCGUGGCUUGA